CUAGUAUUGCUCAAGAACCUAUUGAUAUUUAUGCUAAACUUCUGGGUAUUACCACGGCUUCUAACAAAAUUCAGAAAGAACAGACUGAACAAGAUGUAGCCAAUAAUCAGUUAAAAAUUCCACCACAUUUCUCCUUAGAAAAAGGACUUAAAAGAAUUCAAAACAUUGAUACUACCAAAGAUCCCUUAUUACAGGAUCUCGCAGAUGUAAUAGUGAUGUUGUGUAUGAGACCUACUGAAGUAUCCAGCCUCCAGAUUGAUCACUACGAAGUUGACCUAUCUAAUCCUUCUGCAUGGUAUAAAAAUGGUUAUUUUUGGUAUUGCACUGGAUAUGCUAAGAAUAAAGGAGAAAAUAAGGAUAAUCCAGAACCUCGUCCAUUCCUAUCAAUGGAGAAGAACCCAGAACGUGCAAGAGCAUUGCUUAUCUGGAUUCAAGAGGCUAUAAAGGCCGGAAAGUUAAGUGAUCCUACCUUUAGUAAAAAUGGAAAGCGCAAUACUAGGGCAUUUAGCAAGUUUUUGAAGCCUUAUAAAAUCACGCCUAAAAUAUUAAGAAAAAUAGGAGGAAAGCAUGCCUGCAGAGUUCACGGUGGUCCAAACCCAACUCAUCAGCAUCUUGAUCUUCUUAACAGAAUAGCAUUGAGGCAUAAGAUU